GGAGAAGAGGGGGACGAGCGCUACGUGCGCUGCGCGCGCACGGCUGGUGUAGCCUCAGAGCAGCAGCGACUCGUGCUGGACGCAACGCCGCGCCCGAGCGCUGGCUUGUGCGACCGCUAAGUCUCAGUUUCUUGCAGCCAAGCAGACGCCGCGCGCGGCGGCGCAGCGGUGCGCAGCCCAAGAAACGAUGGCGGACCUGCGCCGCCGAUUAGUGGCCUUCUACCAGCGCCACAACCCGACGAACCUGGCCCAGAUCGACGCCAUCCUGACGGCCUGGGGCCACAACGAGUCGGAACUGUGGCGCCAGAUGGCCGCCAAGUACGGCCAGCGCGCCGUCGACGACGCGGCCGCGGCGUGGCGCGCGCCGCCGGCGACCGGCUUCUCGGCGCCAGACCCUCGAAUCGCCGCGGCGAAGCGGGUCGCCGCCGCCGCGAGCGCCGCGCCGCCGACCGUGCUCCGGCCGAUCGCGCCGCCCGCCUUCGGCGCGGGCUUCGCCGCCGCGCCGCGGCCCUUCGCGGGCCGCGGCUUCGGCCCGGCGCCCCCGUACGCGCCGCCGCCACAACCGUACGCGCCGCCGCGACCGUACGCGCCGCCGCGCCCGGCCGCGCCACCACCACCCUGGGACCUGCUCGCCGAGGUCUGCGCCGUCGCGGCGCUGCCGCGCGAGGCUUCCGAGCGCGGGGACAACGUCGACGCCAUCGAGAAAGUGCAGGAGGAGCGCCACGGGACUGCGACGCACGAGGCCUGCUGCGCGCGGCGCUGCCUCCAAAAAUUGUCAGAGGCCGGCAAGGCCUUCACGCGCCAGAGCGGCGGGUUUUUGAAGGCGCUGCGCGGGGGCGCGCCCCUCGUGGCGUCCGUCGGCGGCGCGUCUGGGAGUGCCGACACGACCUUCGUGUUAGUGGACCGAAUGUUGUUGCUGAGCCUGCGGGCGUCGCUGAACUUGGUCCCGGCGCCGGCGUCGACGGCCCACGCGGCCGGCGCCACGGCCGUCGCGGCCUUCGCCGCGCAGAUCCAGCGCGCGGCGCCGUGGCGCGCGGCCGUCGCCGUCGCGGCGGCGCGGCCCGCGGCGGCGGGACCCAGCGCCGACGACGCCGCGCGGGCCCUGCGGCGCGACCUCAAGGACGCGAAGCACAGAGCCAAGCGCGAGACGGGCGACGCGAUCGCCGCGCUGCGCCGCCUCACCGCGCGGCGGGUCCCGGGUUUGAAUGACCCCUGGGCCUUACCCCGGGUCACGAACGAGUUCUUCGACGCGCUCUCGGCCAUCAACCCCGACGGCUGCAGCGACGGCCGGAAGCUCUCGGAGACGCCCGACGGCGACGCGCUCGCGGCGCUGCUGGACGUGCUCCGCUUCGCGGCCGGCCUCGACGCGCUGUCGCAGAAGCAGCAGGCGCGUCGUCCCGCGCGCUAGUUACUUUCGGGGGGGCGGGGGGUCCGUCGGCCCGCGCCGCCGGGGGUCGGCACCAGUCCUGGUGUCGGGCCCGGCGGAGGGACUCGUCCGCUCGUUUCGAUCGACUGGGCCCUCUUGAGAGAGACUCGGGACCGGACGGCGGAGGGACUCGUGGCAUCUACGGUCGUCGGUCGUGCGGCCGGAGGCAAUCCGUCGCGGAAGCGUCGUCGGCGUGUGCAACCGCCCGAUUCUGCGCCCGCACGCGCGCGUCGAAAACCGUCGCAGGAACCCGUCGAGCGUCGCGCCUCGCAGGCCCGCGUCCGGGAGUGGACGGGGAGCGUCGGUGCCGUCGUCGAACGGGCCGCCGAGCUCUCCGGCGGCUUCCAGCGGCGCAGGGGCGACGCAUCGGGCGGCGGCGCGCGCGCGGAGACCGAGCCGAAGCCGCCAGUCGCCGAGGACUGGGGCUCCGCGCGCCUCGGCAUGUCGGCCGCGGCGCCGGCGGGCGUAGCCACCGAGAAGCGGCCCGCGGCGGCGCCCGAGGCCGUCGCCGCGCCGGAGGAAACUCAAAAGAGACGCCGCGUCGCGGGCCGCCUCGUGGCGUACGACGACGAGGGCCACCGGCCCAAGGCCUGGCGCCGCGACCUGUCGCCCAAAAAGCCGGCGACGCGACGGGCGUCCAAGGGCGCGCGCGUCGCCUUCGCGGACGGGUCCAAGCCCGUCGCUGUUGAUACGCCGGCGCCCGUCGCGGAUCCGCAGCGCCAGGCGCAGCAGCGGCGGCUCUUAGGAAGGCGCAUGGAUCGCGCGAUCUGGGACGCGUUCCGGAGCCGCGAGUUCGCGCCCAUCGAGGCCUUGUUGGCGCACGGCGCCGACGCCGGGUAUGUCAGGACCGAGGGCGGCGGCGAGACGGCGCUCAUGGCCGCCGCGUACCACGGGCGCGAAGAGAUCUGCCGAGCUUUAUUGUCGCGGGGCGCGGACCCGCGCAAACAGGACAAGCGGGGCCACGACGCCGCGGCGCUGGCCCGCGUCAAGGGCAACGCGACGCUCGCGACGCUGCUGGACGGCGUCUGCCUCGAGCCCGUGGCCGCGCCGCCGCGCGCGGCGACACCCCCGCCCCCGGAAGCGCCUGCGGCGGCCAAGUCGCCGAAGCAGCGCGGCGACGACGUCCACCCGCGGCUUCUCAAGAAAAACGGCAUGGACGACGACGACGACGCGGCCGACGACGAGGAGGCCAUCUCGCGGAGCGUGGCUUUGCCCGAGGCGGAGAGUGGGUAAUAAGUAUUGUGUGACCUUGUUGUUGGGCUGCGGCGACGCAUUCGGCACCGAACUCUCCAGCGAAGCCACCAAAGCGCGUUUAUAAGUGUGUUUCAACCGCUAGCUCGAAAAAUAUUGCAGAGGUCGAGAAUUAGGUCGAGCAGGUAGAGCGCCACCCUGCGCGCACACAAUUAUAUUGCUUGGCCUUUACAGACCGGCCUGCGAGCGCUGCGCGAUCCAGUUUCUCCCAGCUCUUGGCACCGUAACACCAGUGACUGCUGCACAACCAGGGCGCAGUGAUGCCUAAGCUCGACGAAUUGCCCGUCGAGCUGCUCGCGCACGUCGCGUUAUUCACGAACAGGCGCAACGACAAUAGGUCGUAUGAUCCCCUUGACCUAAGCGAGCUGCUCGCGCUGCGAUGCGCGUCACGUUCCUGCAAGGGCGCCGUCCGUCGGGCCGCGAAGCAGCACAGAGCUGCAAGGUCUUUCUCCUUUCAACGCUCGAGUGCUCAGAAAAUCGCGGCCAUCGGACACGUCUUUGGCAGCGGCUGUCGGUCACUUAGUUUUGGAACGGUCCAGUCCGACCAAGCCUACGAAGCGCGCAAGUCGCUUCAAAACUUUGUGACGAGCACUAACGGUCAGCUGCGGCACUUGUCAUACAGUGGUGCGUCCUCUCAAUAUUUUUCUAUGCCCGAGCUCCUGGAACUGUGCCGCGCGUGUCCGUUGCUGAGGAGCUUGUUUGUGCACGGGUCGCCUACCGGUGUUAUCACUGCUGCUAAUUUAGACGAAUUCGCAUCGGCAGUGAGUAGAGCUUGCCCACGGCUCCAUUGUGUUUAUCUCCCACGCCACCGGUCCCCGGCCGAAGACUACCAAUGGCAUUUCCCAAGGUUAGAAUGUCUUAAUUUCCUGCGCGCCGGAUCCGCCUCAGCGUUCCGCUGGGACGGCGUCGAAGCUACCCUCCGCACCUGUGUGCAUGCGACAGAGGUGGAUCUUACCAAUGUAACCGUGUCGCCACGAUUAGUGGACUUGAUUCUGGCGGCGCCUGCGGCUGGCCGGCUGAAGCGCCUAGACAUAAAUGAAGCCACGGUUUCGCCUGAAUUGAUCCUGCGAUUUGCUGGAGGUUUGGAAGCGUUGUCUGACUUGCAGUUUCCCCACGAAUUCGAUGGUGGGCGCGCGUUUUAUAGCUCACUGGUGCAAGCGCGGCCCUCGAUAGCGAAGCUUGGCCUUGGGUUAAGCAACGAACUAGACGAUGAUGCACUGCGAAUCAUAUGCAACGGCUUGCGUUUGGAGCAUCUGGAGCUCACGUGCGUUGAGAAUUUGACUGAUCGUGCCAUCAACAUAAUUCUGGAGAGCCCUUGUGCGGAGACCCUGCGCUCGAUCGAGAUUUCCUAUGACCCUCAAUUCUCUUCUGAAGACGUGUUACGGCUAGUCCGCGGCUGCCCCGAGCUCGCCGAGCUCAAUUGGGAAGUAUCGGAGGAUGCUCAGUUAUUGGUCCAAAACGCGGUGGCAGCGGCUAUUUGGGGACGUGUUGGACACGUCGACGGCCCGAACGUCGACGCGAUUAACGCUCUGCUCGAGAGCCGCGGAGGUAAAGCUACACGUGUCCCGGUCUUGCAAGAAGACGGUUCAUGGCGGAAGUGGCCUAGCUAGCUAGCUGCUUUUUAAUCCAGUAAGUAUGUGCAAUGUACGUAUUGUUACGGUGCUAGGCAAUGCCAGGAAAUAGCUAGUAGGUCUGUGACAAUAGCAGACUGAGCUCC